AUGCAGGAGCAAUCGAGCUUGCUGGUGGCCAAUGCGGCCAAGUUCCAGAAGUGGUUCAAUGUGACCGUUAAGGAAAGCACUGAAGUGGUGGCCAUUGACCGGGCCGCCAAGAAAAUUACGGCACGGGACGUGAAUAACGGCCAGGAGUCGGUACAUCCGUACGAUUACUUGGUGCUUUCGCCAGGCGGCCAUGCGAUCCGUCCGCCCCUCCCAGGAGCUGAUCUCCCGGGCAUCUUUGUUGUUAAGACUAUUCCGGAUGCCAACGCCAUUAAGGCUUGGAUCACGGAAAAAGGCGCCAAGUCUGCGGUGGUUGUGGGCGGCGGCUUCAUCGGACUGGAAGUGCUGGAGAAUUUAGUACACAGGGGGCUCAAAUGCAGCCUUGUGGAAAUGCUGCCACAGGUCAUGCCGCCGUACGAUCCCGAGGUCGUUGAGCCCGUACACGAUCGGCUCCGUGCCGCCGGCGUGGAGCUGCACCUGGGGGAUGGCGUGUCGGGUUUCGAAGCCGGUCCGGCGGGCAGUGCCGCCCUGCUGGCGGUGAAGACUCAGAGUGGCAAAACCCAUGCCGCGGACCUGGUAGUGCUGGCGAUUGGUGUCCGCCCCGAAACCACACUGGCGCGGCAAGCGGGUUUGGAGCUGGGCUCCCGGGGUGGCAUCAAGGUGGACGAGCGCAUGCGCACCUCGGACUCGGCCAUCUUUGCUGUCGGUGACGUGGCAGAGGUCAAGGACUUUGUGACGGGCGAGCAGACGCUGAUCCCGCUGGCGGGUCCGGCCAACCGCCAGGGCCGUAUCGUUGCUGACGUCAUCAGUGGAAAUGAGCCCAGUCGCUUCCGCGGCAGCCAAGGCACCUCUGUGGUGGGGCUCUUCGGAUUGACGCUGGCCGCCACAGGCGCCUCGGAGAAGACCCUGCGGCGGCUGGGUCGAACCUUCCGGAAGGUCUACCUCCACAUCAACAACCACGCGGGCUACUACCCAGGGGCCAAGCAGAUCGACAUCAAGCUACUCUUCGACCCGACGGAUGGUCGGGUGUUGGGUAUGCAGGCAGUUGGUGAGGAGGGUGUGGAAAAGCGAGUGGAUGUGGUGGCUAUGGCUAUUCAGAAAGGCGGCACGGUGUUUGAUCUGGAGGAGGCCGAGCUGUGCUAUGCCCCGCAAUACGGCAGCGCCAAGGACCCCGUGAAUAUGGUUGGCAUGGUUGCGGCCAAUGUGCUCCGGAACCAACAUCCGUUGACCAGCUGGGACGAGCUUGACUUGCAGGCAUUGACCGCGGAUCCCGGGUGCGUCUUGGUGGAUGUGAGAGAGCCUCCAGAGCUUGACAAGGUGGGCAAGGUGGAGAGCGCCGUCAAUAUGCCGCUGUCCAGCUUGAGGCAGCAACUGGCGAAACUGCAGGAUAAGGACAAAAAGUACUAUGUGUACUGCCAGGUGGGCCUACGAGGCUACAUCGCCACCCGACAGUUCCUGCAGGCCGGGUUCGAUGCCGUCAACGUCAGCGGUGGAUAUAAAAGCUUCCAGCAGCAGCUGCAGGAGCAGCAGCGACCAGCCAAGCUGUGA